AUGGCCGCUGCCCGCCUCGCGCCGGGGCUGAGGCUUCAGCUCCUGGGGCUGGGGUUGCUGCUGCUGCUGGCUGCUGCUGGGGGCCCGGGCCGGGGGGCGGCCUUGAGCGGGAACGCGACCGGGCCUGGGCCGCGGGGCGCGGGCGGGAGCGCGAGGCGGAGCGCGGCCGGGACCGGCCCUCCGCCGCUGCUGAGCCACUGCGGCCGGGCCGCCCCGUGCGAGCCGCUGCGCUACAACGUGUGCCUGGGCUCGGCGCUGCCCUACGGGGCCACCUCCACGCUGCUGGCCGGGGACUCGGACUCGCAGGAGGAAGCGCACGGCAAGCUCGUCCUCUGGUCGGGUCUCCGGAAUGCCCCCCGCUGCUGGGCAGUGAUCCAGCCUCUGCUGUGUGCCGUGUACAUGCCCAAGUGUGAGAACGACAGGGUGGAGCUGCCCAGCCGCACCCUCUGCCAGGCCACCCGCGGCCCAUGUGCCAUCGUGGAGAGGGAGCGGGGCUGGCCCGACUUCCUGCGCUGCACCCCUGACCACUUCCCCGAGGGCUGUCCGAAUGAGGUGCAGAACAUCAAGUUCAACAGCUCAGGCCAGUGUGAGGCCCCCUUGGUUCGGACCGACAACCCCAAGAGUUGGUACGAGGACGUGGAGGGCUGUGGGAUCCAGUGCCAGAACCCACUCUUCACCGAGGCCGAGCACCGGGACAUGCACAGCUACAUUGCCGCCUUCGGCGCUGUCACGGGCCUCUGCACGCUCUUCACCCUGGCCACGUUUGUGGCUGACUGGCGGAAUUCAAAUCGCUACCCUGCCGUCAUUCUCUUCUACGUCAAUGCGUGUUUCUUUGUGGGCAGCAUCGGCUGGCUCGCCCAGUUCAUGGACGGCGCCCGCCGGGAGAUCGUCUGCCGUGCAGAUGGCACCAUGAGGCUUGGGGAGCCCACCUCCAACGAGACACUGUCCUGUGUCAUCAUCUUUGUCAUCGUGUACUACGCCCUGAUGGCUGGUGUUGUCUGGUUCGUGGUCCUCACCUAUGCCUGGCACACCUCCUUCAAGGCCCUGGGCACCACCUACCAGCCUCUCUCGGGCAAGACCUCCUACUUCCACCUGCUUACAUGGUCGCUCCCCUUUGUCCUCACUGUGGCAAUCCUCGCUGUGGCUCAGGUGGAUGGGGACUCUGUGAGCGGCAUAUGUUUUGUGGGCUACAAGAACCACCGGUACCGGGCCGGAUUUGUACUGGCCCCAAUUGGCCUGGUGCUCAUCGUGGGAGGUUACUUCCUCAUCCGAGGAGUCAUGACCCUGUUCUCCAUCAAGAGCAACCACCCUGGGCUGCUGAGUGAGAAGGCUGCCAGCAAGAUCAACGAGACCAUGCUGCGUCUGGGCAUUUUCGGCUUCCUGGCCUUUGGCUUCGUGCUCAUCACCUUCAGCUGCCACUUCUAUGAUUUCUUCAACCAGGCUGAGUGGGAGCGCAGCUUCCGGGACUACGUGCUGUGCCAGGCCAAUGUGACUAUCGGGUUGUCCACCAAGAAGCCCAUCCCUGACUGUGAGAUCAAGAAUCGCCCUAGCCUCCUGGUGGAGAAGAUCAACCUGUUUGCCAUGUUUGGAACCGGCAUUGCCAUGAGCACCUGGGUCUGGACCAAGGCCACGCUGCUCAUCUGGAGGCGCACCUGGUGCAGGUUGACAGGACAGAGUGACGAUGAACCCAAACGGAUCAAGAAGAGCAAGAUGAUUGCCAAGGCCUUCUCCAAGCGGCGGGAGCUGCUGCAAAACCCAGGCCAAGAACUCUCCUUCAGCAUGCACACCGUCUCCCACGAUGGACCUGUGGCGGGUUUGGCCUUUGACCUCAAUGAGCCCUCAGUGGAUGUGUCCUCUGCCUGGGCCCAGCAUGUCACCAAGAUGGUGGCUCGGAGAGGAGCCAUACUGCCCCAGGAUGUGUCUGUCACCCCUGUGGCAACUCCAGUGCCUCCAGAGGAAAAAGCCAACCUAUGGCUGGUUGAGGCAGAGAUCUCCCCAGAGCUGGAGAAGCGCCUGGGCCGGAAGAAGAAGCGGAGGAAGAGGAAGAAGGAGGUGUGCCCACUGGGGCCACCCCCUGAGCUUCAGCACCCUGCCCCAGCCCCCAGCGCCGUUCCUCAUCUGCCUCAGCUGCCCAGGCAGAAGUGCCUGGUGGCCACAGGUGCCUGGGGCACUGGGGAACCCUGCCGACAGGGAGCCUGGACGCUGGUCUCCAACCCCUUCUGUCCAGAUCUCAGUCCCCUUCAGGAUCCGUUUUUGUCCAGUGGCCCUACCCCCACGGCCUGGGCUCAGGGCCGCCGGCAGGGGCGGGGGCCCAUUCACUCCCGCACCAACCUGAUGGAGGCAGAGCUCAUGGAUGCGGACUCAGACUUCUGAGUCAGGAGAGCAAGACCUGAAACAGGAAAGGGAAAUAAAACCCAUCCAAGAUGCUUCUUCCUCCCUCAGAGUUCCUCCCAGGAUCUCCUCUUCCAGGGCACCUGUGGGCCCAGUGCCCUCCCUGGAGAGUUCUAGAUGUCUGGCUCACAGCAGCAGGACUGUGGGAAGAGCCCUGACAUCUGCACGGGUAGGCCUCACCCAGGGGCAGGGCCCUGGAGCUCAGGUCCUUGUUGGUGCCCUGCUGGCUAGCAGCAUCUGUCUCCCCCUGGGUUAGAGCUUGUGGUGGGUCAGUAAUGGCAAAGGCAGGAAAGACAGUGCCCAGAAUGGGCUGUGGUAGCCAGGGAGACAAUGAAGCCCAUGUCUGUCAGAUGAGGGCUGGUUGCCCUUUUCUGUGCCAAUGGGUGCCCUUUCCUGGCAGUCUCAGACCAAAAGUGUUUAUUGUGUCAUUAGCCCUUUGUCUAAAUGGGGACAGGACUCCCUCUAUCCUCUUCCAGGCAGUUGUGGGGCUGGGAGUGCCUGCUCCCAUCGGGGUUCCAGCCUCUCUUCACAGGCGUCCAGCUGGUCCUGCCUCAGACCAGUCACCCUCCUGUGUUCUGCUCCUCCCUCCCUCCCUCCCCCUUUACAGCCCUCCUAGGCCAACCUCUUCCUGUUUCCUGUUUGUUGAUUAAUACCCAGAACUGUUGACUUCUCCACCUUGUCCCAUUCACCUCCACCGUUUUGCUGCUUGGCUCCAUCUCCAGAUGAGGGACUGAUUCAGCCAUCGAGCCUGGUGUGGUUUAGAAGCAGUGACUGACGGGGAGCCUCAGGGCCUCCAAGAGACAUUUGUUAUCUCUUCCACAUAUCCAUCCAGUGGGGGAUGGAUAUCCCUGACAUAAGGAGCUACUCUGGGAAGCUGCUGGAGCUUCAUCAGGCAGGAAAGCUUCCUUCAACUUCCACAACCAACAGGCAAGGAGAUUCCCACCUCAUAACCCCCAAACAUGUCCCCAAGGCCCCAAUUUCGAGAACCAGACAGCAGGAAGCCUUAGGAGCUGGCUGGAUUCCAGAUAGGAGGAUAGAGAUGGGAAGAAGAAAUAUAAACAGUAAAUAAAAGGUUUUUGUAUAAA